UAGGUUUGUGACAUCACAAACCCUGGCUGUCUAAAUUCAUGUGUCUUGUGAAAAAUUUACUUAUUAUAAGUCGCUUUGGACUAAAGCGUCUGCUAAGUGCCCUAAAUGUAAAUGUGUUUUUCAGAUUGGCAUUUGUUUUAUUACACAGAAAACACGUUAUUGAUAUAUGAAAUGGCACGGGGGGCACUGUAGGCUGAACCAAAUACAGCUUACAGUUAAAUACCAGUCACAGUACAAAGUAUAAAAGUAAGGUUUUAAAUUCUAAAUCUAAUCAGGAGCUCGAUUUGAACUGCAACACACAUGACAUGAUCACAAUGAAGCUGCAGGAAUGACGUCAACACACUGAGUCCACGCAAAGUUCAUUAUCGCACUUGUAUGAACCUGCUACUAAAGUGAAAAACAACAAGAGCAAAACCACUGCUGCUGGGAUCAAGAUCGAGAAGCAUGGAGGACUCCAGCCUGGUCAGAUGUGACAGUCUGGAUGCUGGGUCAGGGUGUAACAGGGAGGUGAUUGACCACAUGACCUUUGACGUCGAGGGCUCUGACCCCACAGCAAACCUUGAGCCCUCACCAGCAGAACUGGCUCAGUGUGAGGCUGAAGUGGGGACGCUGCUCAGCAUCAUCGCUGAACUGAACAAGAAGAUGGGGUCACUGAAGCCCCCAAGUGAACCAAGGGACCUGAGACCACCAGGACCAUCCAGGCCUUUGGUUCCUGACCUUCUGUCACACAGGCUCGUCAGAAGAAGCCCAGAGACACAAACUGCUUCUGCUGCCGUGUCUAAAUCUCCACUGACUGACAGAGUGGGCACUGGUGUAGUCUGGACCCAGCUGCAGGAGGUGUUAGCUUCAGUGGAGGACUCCAUCAGCUGUAGGAGAACCUGGGCCGCCCCCAUAACCAGCUCUGACCACGAGAAGCACAAAGAGCAUCUGAGAGCAGCUCAGGAGAGCUGGGUCAAAGCCACUCAGAUAUUAGAGGAGAUGGAAAACGAGUUUGGGAUAUCAUGCCCGUCUGUCUUACCAAAGGAGCUCUAUCAGGGGGACAUCCUGGAUCUGGAGAAACACGGCUCUCCUCUCAGAAGCAUCUUGCACAGUCACCAGGAGGAGCUGGGGAGAGCACAAAGCACCAUCAGCCAGAUGGAAGAGGAAAGGAACAAGCUGAUUAGUCUCCAUAAGGCCUGGAGGUCAGGCAGCCGCUCUCCUUCCUACCGGCCCACAACUGGAUCUCUCAGUCCAGACGUGGGCUCUCCUCCCUUCCCUGGUUCUCCUUUACUGCGCAGAAGAACAUCCAGAGGUCUAACACCUCUGUCUGCUGCUGGAGACGGCUCUCCGCUGGGCUCUGUCACCUCAGGCAGCCCCUGUCCCAGCCCCAUCGGUCUGGAGACCGAGACAGAGCGACUGAACAGGUACAUCGAGAGGCUGAAGGCCAGAAACGAACGUCUGACAGCAGCUCUGGAGCGGAGGAAGGGAGAGUCGGAGCAGAUCAGCGUUACACUCAGCAGACUUGAGUCCGACUGCUCUGCCCUGCAGACAGCUCUCAAAUACUGUGAGGAGUGUGAGGAGGCCUAUAGUGAGCUACUGUCCCUUUAUGAGGCCAAGAAGCAGCAGAGCAUUCCUCUGCAGACGGACCCAGCAGAAGAAGUCACUGACAGGCAGCAGGCCGACAGUCCAUCGUCUGAGCUGAGAAACAUGGGAAGUGAUGAGCUGUCCACCUCCUUCUCAACAGCAGGGGUCACAGAGGAGACAGAAACACAGAGUCACACAGGGCAGAGGACACCUGAGCUGCCGAAUCGAGAGACUGCUCUCCGUCAGCAGAUUGAGCAUCUGAAGAGGGAGCGGGCAGCCAUUAGCCUCCCUAAACCGAACCAGCAGCAAGAGAGCAAGCUGAGCCCUGAAACCAGUCACCCAGCUGGGUCGAGAGAGGGACAUGUGACCAGGGAGAACUUCAGACCUCUUGAUGCCAAGAAAGAGAAGGCAUCCCUCUUCUGUGAACUCAUUUCUGUCAGGGAGGAGAUGUCAGAUCUGAGAUCUCUAAUCCGCCUCAAAGAGAAGGAGCUGAGGUGUCUAGAGUGGAGUUUAAUGGCCCAGAAAGCUCAGGAAGCAGCUGGAGUCUUUGUGCCAGAAAGUCUCCGAGAGGAACAGGAGGAUCGUAAGACGGAAAAACAGAGGUUCUGUGAGGCUGCAGCUAAACUGGGUAGUGACGGAGACAUUGUUGAAGCUCGAACCAGAUCCAUUCUGAAAGAGCUGCAGGCCGUCCUACAAAGGGAACAAGCCCUGAAGAAGAGAUUAGCUUUAGUCCAUGACUCAUCAAACACAGCUCUCUCUGAAAGAAGAGACAGUGGAGAGUUUGCCCGGCUCACACAGGCUCACAGUAAAGCUUUGAACUCGUACCGGCAGAUUCGCAGAAAGUAUCGGGAGCAAGUAUGGAGGCUGGAGCAGAAAGUGGCAGCCAUGACGGACAGUCAGCACAACCAGAGUGGAGCUUCAAAAGCUGCAGUGGAGGCCGUGGAGUGGAGGAGGGAAGAGACUGUUCUGUGAUUCUUCACUCAGAAAUUAUACAGUCUAACAGUCUAACUCAACUAUAUAUAGUUUAUAUCCUUAUAUAUCCUGCUUAUUCCCUCUACUGAUAGUGUGUAAAGUGAUAAUUAUGACCAAGCACAAUCUAUUUGAACUAUAACACACAGAGCUUUGUAUUCUUCUUGUCCAUGUUGAUAACAGCAUUCAAACAUUCACAGUGCAGAGAAAGCAUGUGAACCCCUGAGGCUAAUGACAUCAAGAAGCUUACUGAAGUCAGGAGUUAGCAAACCAGUCAAUGAGUGUAGAUAUUCAUCUGUCCAGACUUCAACAACAACAUGUUUCUAAAUGGAGAUCAUUUAGUACUGUGGCUAUCACCUCACACCUCUAUUUAUGUUGGACACUGUCUUUUCUCAGGAAUGUUUUAAAUCUUGUUAUUUUGUUUAUGUGCUCUUUUACACAGAGCAUCUAUUGCACUUCUGUCCGUCCUGGGAGAGAGAUCCCUCACAUGUCACUCUCCCACAAGUUCUUCCUCACCCUGAUUGAGGGUUAGGGACAGAGGAUGUCGCAACUUGUACAGAUCGCUAAACCCUAUGAGGCCAGUUGUGAUUUUGGAAUAUAGGCAAUAGUUAUUUUAUUUUACAAUGCAGAUUGCACAGUGAGGUUGAAAACAAGCAGCUAAAGCCAACUCAAACUAGUUAUUAUUUUCCUUGGCCCUAUAUCUGUCAACACAGUGAUGACAUGUAAAGCAGUCGGUUGAGCUCUGGAGAGGUAAAUAUAGAGUAUGUGGGGCAGUAGAACAUGGAAACGCAGUGAAUUCCACCGGUUCAACCCCUUGUGAGAGUUGCCAAUAAACCGAACAGGAUUUCAGAGCUUAACUUGUCUAACAGGACUCACACAUCACAAGACACAUUCCUCAUUUCAGAGAAAUAGCUGUCAUGCAGGCAUGAAUGUGUUGGGCUGACACAAGGACUGAGCCCACUGAGGAUCGCGGGACUGACCUCCACAGCGCACAUGUCCUUUCCUUUUUUUCCCCCCAUACAAGCUGACUCAAUAAAGCCUCGGCUGGCCGGCCAUGCUGCCGUAACAAUGCUCCGAGAAAUGGGGGGGAAGGGGGCCGGGACAAUGGCUGAAGUGCACACAAAAUGUACGGCCAGCCCAUUUGUCUUCUUUGCACUUUCAUAGUUCUCUUCAUCUUGUUCUCUCUGCUUCCAGUCACUGGUCAGAUCAACAAAAUUAUAUACAAAAAUCUCUCGUGGUAUCCAGAUCAACCUGUGACCAUGGAUUAGUCACAGGUUGCAAGUCUUUGAGUUGUAAUUCAGUGCAACUAAGACUUUUUCAUGUCAAAUGUAUAAAGAGGGGAAAAAAACACAGAUUUCCCACAUAAUUCAUGGAUCUUAAUUGAAACAAACGAGGCACAUUAUAGAUUACUAUGACAUAUUAUAACUGAUUUCUAUGAGUGUGUGCAAUUAGAUGCAGCUUAAUUGAAUUUAAGGAAUUGGCGUAUGUGCUCUGCUAAGUGCCAUUCUAGUUAUAUGUAGUACAACACUAAUGUCAAAGGGAAUUCACCUUGAUGGUCUUGGAUGAUGCAGAUUGCUUAAAACAAGCACAAAACUAGUAAUCUACACAAGAGGAAUCUAGAACCAGUUUGCCUUUGAGUCAGCCCUUUGAAGGCUUAUCUCUUACAAUCUCCUCAUAACCAUCUUCUUCUCUUUACAUCUCACUGAUAGCUCAAUUUCCCUCCACCCCCCAUCUUCUCUCCUGGCUCAUCUCUCAUAUCUGUCCCCUCUCCCCCCUCCAGCCGACCCUGUGCCCUGACCUACCCAAGCCGGUCAGCUGCAGCUGUGACCGGCGGUCAGGAGGUUAAGGCAAAGGUUGAGUGUCACACCCACAGGGUCACAACGGUGCCUGGCUGUUGUGUUAUGCUGUGAAUGGAAGGUUCAGAGUGCCAGACGAGGUGGCGAGUCCCUGACGCCCUGACUCUUGCCUGAGUUUGCCCUUUCCUGAGCAAAGGUCAGCUCGCAGGGCCUGUCCUCUGCACUGCCCCCAUACCUCCAGGUCAGCAUCGCUAUUGUUGUGAUAGCUGCCAUUAGAGCAGAUGAUACAAUUAUCGUUCCAUUUUGUGUUUCCUCUCUCUGAGGUCUGUGUUGAGCCUCUGAGUUCAUCAAAGCUUUUUAGAUGACAUGACUGUUGUAACCUCAGGGGGACUCUUGUAUAGAAAGGGACCAAAAAAAGGUAGAAUAAGACAGAACAGCAUAGAACUAACUUGAGUGAAAGUAUUUAGUACCGCCUCACGUGAGGUGAUAUAUAAUUACUACUCCAUCUGAUUUCAACAGUGACACUGCCAAAAUGUCAGAAUAUAUACCUCAAUUAUAUGUGUGAGUGAUAUACAGCACUAUCAUAUUGUUAGAAUAUUACUGCUGAUGAUUAAUGGGAGCAGCAUUUUAAAUUUUUAACUGGUCGAAUUUGAAUCAUGUUAAAUUUCUGUAUUUUGAGUUGUUAAAUAUCGUGUAUAUUAAAGUGUGUUGUUUUUAUUCUUUAUUGUUUCCAAAAACAGAAUAGGAAAAAAGCACAAAGUUUAAUUUAUGACAAUAACAAUACAAUAUUGUACAGUUUCAUCAAAAUUGUAAUUUAAAAAGUGACUA